GCGUAGUUCCAGAGCCGCGGUGGGCGUGGCCGAGGGAGGCUGCGAGCCGGAUUCUGGCGGGAGAGGUUCUGGACUAGGUGGUCAGGAACUGGUUGUAUCUGUCGCUAUGUUUUUCUCCGAGGCUGGGGUCCGGCGGCGGACGUGGGAAGCCAGCCCCGCGGAACACAAGAAGUUUGUGGAAGUAUUUAAAGCAUGCGAUGAAGAUAACAAAGGCUACCUAAGCAGAGAGGACUUUAAGGUUGCUUUUGUAAUGCUGUUUGGGUACAAGCCCUCCAAGAUAGAAGCGGAUUCUGUGAUGUCUUCAAAAAAUUCCAGUACUUCUGGUGUAUCGCUUGAGGAGUUUUUAAAUAUCAUAAGGAAAAAGAAGGAAGUUCAACUAUAUCACAAUGAGAUAAGACACAUCUUCACAGCUUUUGACAUGCACUAUCGUGGAUUUUUAACUUUGGAAGAUUUCCAAAGAGCCUUCAGGCUUGUGGCUCCCAAAUUACCUGAAAGGACUGUUCUUGAAGUAUUCAGGGAAGUAGAUCAAGACUCAGAUGGUCUCGUCAGCUUUAGAGACUUCGAAUAUGCUAUGAAGAAUGGACAAAAUGAAGCCCAACCGUCGAGAUCUACUUUUGGCAAUUCCGGGGAGAGCUGUAAAUUGUAAUAUAUUUAAAGGUCAAACAGACCUUGCCCUCGUGACUUUGUGAUCUGCAUACUUGUGAUUAAACUCUUAAUCAUAGUUUCUGGAUGCUGAUAAUAUACUUGGGCUUGGAAUCCCAGAGGUGGUGGUGUGUACCAAUCUCCCUCCGUGUGGCUAGCAGCCCUGAGUCAAGUGCCGCUGCUGACCCUGCCACUCGGCCAUCCCCCACCUCUCUUGACACUCCACACUGCAGGUUGCAAUGCUCCACUCCCUUGGCCAUGCACCACCGCAGGUCCCUGGUUCCCAUCAGCUCCCCAGGUCUGGCAAGGGGCAGCUUUUCCCACCAAUGGUGCCAGUUGCCUCCAUUCAUUCCACUUUGAUUGAAUGAACAAUAGUAUCGAAGUGUCCCACUUGCCUACUGUGUUCCAAGCACUGAGAAACAAAGAGGUAAGGCUUCUCUAAGUUCACGUACCCAGAGUCCAGAUCCACACUGCACUGGUGCUGGCUGUGCAAGACAAACCAGGUGGGCUUCCACAAGGUGGCCCCGUCCACGUCAUACAUGGGAGAACAGCACGCACUAGGGGUCCUGGGGACACAGAUGUGUUUGUAGAAGCUCUUUGGGUGGCCUGAGCCUGGGCUUCCUGAUACACAGAAGCAAAACCUGGGCUGCCCAGUUGCCCCUGGUACACACUUCUGGUUCCGGUGAUGCUGCCCUGCACCAGAGCCUUGGCCAGCUGGGCUCACAGUCUCCACGGUCUCCCAUCCCCCUGGGCUCCAGGGAUGCCAUCCUGGAGCAAAAAAUGCACCACUGGACAUACAGCAUUUAUUAAAAUGAUUCAAAAAUAAUGGUAUCAAUACUAAUAUUUUAUUUGUUCCUAGAAUUCACUACAAUAAUAUUUGUAAAACAAUUCAUAUUUUUUAAAAUAAUUAAUAUUUUUAAAGUAUUAAAUAAUUAAAGGCAAAGUAAAAUGUAGAUUUUUAAAACAAAAACAUUAAACAAGUUUCAUUCUUAUACAAUUAUUUGCAGAUAAUUUUAAUAAAGUUUUAAAAUUGUGAUAAUCCCGAGAUGCCUAAGGAAGCCUACAGCUAAGGGUCGUUUGAUAUUCUGCAUGGGGUCCUGGAAUGGAAACAAGGACAUUAGGUAAAAGCAAAUCAAGUGUGGACUUCAGCUACUAUUAAUGUAUUGACAUUGGUUCAUUAGUAGUGACAAAUGUAUCAAACUCAUAUAAAAUAUUAAUAAUGGGAAACUGGGUGAGGGGUGUAUGAGAUCUCUGUACCAUUUUCUCGGUUUUUCUAUGAAUCAAAAACUAUUCCAAAACUGAAUUUUGUUUAAAAAAAUAAAGACUUAUUCAAAAAUUAAUAAACCAAACUUUACCUAAAAUGAGGAAACAUUGAAAAUCAUUAAGCAGUACAAAUGAAAUGUUAUUUCAAAAAUAAAAUGGAUCAAUGGUG